AUUGCGCCAUCAGCUGAUGUUAAUUGGAGACCUUGCUUCGAUAACUUUACCUGCACGCGUCUUAAGGUCCCAUUAGACUAUGGAGAUGUGAGUGCCGGUACCGUUGUUCUGGCCUUACUUCGUAUUUCCGCCGCCCAGCAACCCGCUACGAACAUCAUUUUCAACCAAGGCGGACCCGGAGGCUCAAGCGUCGACGUCCUCAUGGCCAACGCUGAAGAAGCCCAAGCUGCCAUAGGAACAUCCUACAACAUCAUCGCGCUCGACCCCCGCGGCGUGGGUCACAGCGAACCGAAUAUUGAGAUGUUCCCCGGUGAUCCUGCCACGGCAGCGAAUUUCGAGUCUGCCUUUUAUCGCACCGUCCCAGAUGCAUCUUCGACAGCGCUGGCGAGCCAAUACUACUUCACGGAAGCAUUUGGGAAGUGGUUCACGCGUGUGUUAGGUGGUUCAAGAGGCACUGCUCGGUACGUGAGCACCCCCGCAGCAGCGCAGGAUAUGCUCACGUACGUCGAGGCCGAGCAGCGGGCGGCAAAUAAGCCUGAAGCAGAAGGGAAGCUAUGGUACUAUGGCAUCAGCUAUGGCACUAUUACUGGCUCUGUGUUUGCAGCUAAGUGGCCGCAUCGGGUAGGUCGGAUGGUCUUGGACGGCGUGGAUGAUCCGGAGGGCUACUUCAGUGGGGACUGGACAAAGAACCUCGUUGAUGCGGACGCCGUGGUCCAGAGCUUCGCUGAGUCGUGUCAUCGAGCCGGGUCGAAGAGCUGCUCGUUUUAUCGCAAGACGCCUGCCGACAUCAUUAAGGCGCUUGAUGCGGUGACCGAGAAGAUAAAAUGGCAGCCCAUUCCGGUCUUCAACGAGAGUAUUGCGAACGCGCCACAGCUAGCGACUUACGCCGACCUAAAACGUUUUCUACUGCAAUCGCUGUACCGGCCCGUCGCCUUCUUCCCUAUCUUAGAUCAAGUCCUCACGGCGCUGGAGCACGACAAUGGCAGCCCGCUACUGGCCGCAGCGGCGGCGGUUGGGCAGCUCAGUCUCACCUCAGGCUCGGCUACUGCCAUUCAGUGCAUUGACUCGCAUGGGAAAGGUAAUAUGACGCUUGAAGAGUAUAACGAGGUGAACAAUGAAAUCAUGGAUGUGAGUGGGUACGCCGGGGAUGCGUGGAGCUGGAAUGCUAUCAUCUGCAAGAAUGUGGAGGUCCAGCCGCCUAAAAGUGUGACUUUCGGAGUCAUUUUCGUAGACCUCCCUCCAUCUGCGAAGCUCGACUUCCCUAUCCUCUUGAUCUCGACCAAAUUCGACCCCGUCUGUCCGCUCCGGAAUGCCCAAAAGAUGGCGAAGUACUUCCCAGGCUCGGUCGUUGUGACUAUAAAUGCGGUAGGCCACUCUUCCUUUGCGGCGCCGUCUACCUGCAUCGUGAAGCAUGUGGCCGAGUACUUAGGCGGCAAGAUGCCCAAAAAGGGAAUCAUGUGUGAGGCGGAUAUACAACCGUUUGACAGCUAA